AUGAGUCACCAGUUGCCUGAGGGUGGCAGUCCUUUACGAGACAAAAGAAGACAAAGUGAUGCCAAGUGGAGAGCAAGUGUGGCUACAUGUUAUGAUGUUCUGAAAUAUGUUGUGCCAAAUGUGAAGCACAUGUCAAAGAAAAAAAUUUCAAAGGCACUAAUUCUUCAAGAAUGUGAGAAACACAUACAGGAUCUAGAAGACACUAUCAGUUAUCUGUUUCAUGUUGAGUGUAGAAACCAAGGACGGAUAGCUUUAUGGAAGGAAGGAGACUGUUGGUCCCAAUGUACAGUAGAGAAGUUGCAUGAAGACUUCACAGAAAAACAACGCAAAGUAUUCCAUGUAUCUGCACAUGGUCGCAGGUGCUACAAUCUUCUGCAGGACAUUAAAGAGGAAGUGUUUGACAUGAGAGCUGAUUCUAAACAGAUAACUUUCAUCAGUGAAGACAGUCUCAAUCUGAUGAAUAACUCUGAGGAUGCCAGCAGUCUCACCCUGAUAAAUAACUCUGAACAUGUCAGUCUCAAUCCGAUGAGCAACCUGGAAGAUGUCAAUGACAGCAUGAUGGGUACACAUACUGAAGUGCCUACUAUGGAGACUCCAGUCAAGACUACUCAAAUCAAGCGACCCAGGUUAUCCAGCGACAGUUCGGACAUUGAUUUUCUAAAUGGCUGUGGUGUUACUGACAUCAAGAAGGUUGGCUGUGUCCCUGAGCUCAACGUCUGCACAGACAACUCCUAUGGGUGUGAUAGUAUGUUUAGUCAGUGUUACAGCUCAGAUUCUGUUGGGAGCAGGGUUUCUACCCUGACAGUUGCUGCAAGCCUGAUGCACUCGGACACGUCAGAUAUAAAGGUGGAAACAGAAGAUUCAUCUCCAUACAUUAACAAUGAUCCUAUGUUAAGUUCACUCAAUACACCAAAUUUUGAUGCUGACAUGUCGCUGUUCUUAUCGACAACAUCUGAUGGAGUUACUAAACGACCACCAAAAUUUGGGUCUGCCAGGAAGAAGCUAAACUUCAACAGUCCAUCAUAUUCUGGGUGGCCCCAUACCUCUCCAGGGUUAGUGCACCCUGACAGGGCAGUUCCGGCGUUCCCAGUGUUAACAGGAUUUACUCCAGUCAAGCUGCCAGAUGAGCUGACCAGAAUUUCUGAGGCUUCUUCAGAAUACUUGACUUCUCCUUGGAAACCAGUGAACUCGCCCUUCAACUGUAGAACAAUGGCACAGAGCUACAUAAGCAGCAGUACAUUAGUUGAUCUAGAAGACAACUUAUUUUGUAUGGAAACUCUGGAUGAAUCGGACUUUGAAGAUAGUUUCAGCAGUGAAAUGUCUCUUGUACCAGAUGAGCCAAGCAACAGAAUGAAACCUCCAUGUCGCAGAAGAUUGGAAGG